AUGUCUGCUAUUUUUAAUUUUCAGAGUUUGUUGACUGUAAUCUUGCUGCUUAUAUGUAGCUGUGCUUAUAUCCAAAACUUGGCACCCAGCCUCAUGGACAGAAAUGAAACUGGACUGUUGGGAAUAUUUUGGAAGUGUGUCAGAAUUGGUGAACAAAAGAGUCCUUAUGUUGCAGUGUGCUGUAUAGUGACGACCUUUAGUAUUCUGUUCAUGCAAUAG